GUGCGUACGACUUCUUGUCAGUUGUGCGGGCAUCGGCAAGUAUUAAGUGUAUAAAAUCUGUCCAUCGAAAAAGAAACAAAGUUUCUUUGCAACAAUGAGUGGAUACGCCUGGGUUACGUUGGCUACCAACGACGCUUAUUCUCUGGGAGCGUUAGUUUUGGCCCACUCUCUACGUCGGGUUGAUACCAAGUACGAAUUGGCUGUUUUGAUUACUCCUGGAGUAACACAAACGAUGAGGGAAAAAUUAUCAGCAGUCUUUUCUCUAGUAAUGGAAGUAAAUGUGCUUGACUCAAAGGAUGAAGCUAAUUUGGCACUUUUAGCUAGACCAGAGUUGGGUAUUACAUUUACCAAACUGCAUUGCUGGAGAUUGACUCAAUAUGAGAAAUGUGUCUUUCUUGAUGCAGAUACACUUGUUGUCAAAAAUUGUGAUGAAUUGUUUGAAAGAGAAGAACUGUCUGCUGCUCCUGAUGUGGGUUGGCCUGAUUGUUUCAAUUCUGGUGUAUUUGUAUACAGACCAUCUCAACAAACCUUUGCUUCUAUUACCGCAUUUGCCGCUGCUAAUGGUUCAUUUGAUGGUGGUGACCAAGGUCUAUUGAAUAUGUACUUCAGUGACUGGUCCAGAAAAUAUUUGUCCACACAUUUACCAUUUAUCUACAAUAUGUGUUCUACUGCUGCAUAUUCUUAUCUUCCUGCAUUCAAACAGUUUAGAGAUGAUGUUAGAAUAAUACAUUUCAUUGGUAUUACAAAACCAUGGUUACAGUAUUUUGACACCUUAACUGGUAUUGUUCAACCACCAAUGGGCUCUGCACAUUUACAACCAUUGUUGCAAUUAUGGUGGAAUAUAUUUUGUGAAAAAGUGCAUUCUCAGUUAUCACCUAUUAUGGCUACCAGCACAUUGGCACCAAUUUGGCACGAAUUUUCUCCUAUACCUUAUGAAUCCCCUAUUCCAAGAAGCCCUGUUUAUACAGACAUACAAGACAAAACACAGAAUGACAUUUAUCUAGAACCACCAGAUUUCACAGAGUUUCGAGAUCCAUGGGAAAAUUAUUGUGUACAAAAUGAUCCAAUUAUUUAUAAAGCAGAAGACAAUCAACCUCAACAGUAUUAUUCCACAUUCAACAGUUCUCCAUCUGUGUCUAUGUUAAAUGAUCAGUUUAAUUACUUAAAAUCUGUUCAUCAGACUCAUUAUGAAACACCAGCAGAACAUAGUAGGGAAUUCUAUCAUAAACAACACCAUAACGAAUAUAAUUCUUCUUCACAUGUUCAACAUCAUCAUAAUCAGGAACAAUCUAAUCAAUUUAUUAAUAAAAAUGAACAACAACAUUUGUUUUUUCCUUCUGAAGAUACAUCAAGUUCAAAUAUUCAAACUAACCACUGGCAAAAUCAGCACAGUAUAGAAAAUUGUAUACCUGUACAUAGUGUACAAAGUCACCAUUCCAAUGAAUCUCAACAUCAAUAUGUUGACUAUCAAUACACUCCACAAAGUUCUUGCAAUGAUAGUAACAGACUAGUAUCAGGAGAUAUAAAACAAAAUCAACAUGUUGACUACCAACAUACUCCUCAACAUUCCCUUAAUGAUAAUAACAAAUCAUUGUCAGAAGAAACAAAACAACAUCAACAUAAUGAACCUUAUAUUAAUCAUCAAUGUAAUCACUACCAAAUGUAUGAUAAUGUAAAUAAUAAACAGCCUACUCAACAUUAUGAACACGAGAAUCAAAAAUCUUUAAAUGUCAAUAUUGAUCACAAUCAAACUAUGCAGAGUAAUGUAGCUUAUCAAAAUGAUCCUCCAAUUAAGCAAAGUACUGAACAAAAUGAUAAUGUAAACAUUACAGACGAACGGACUAACGCACUCAUAUCUACUAGUCCUCAUCCUCCAUCCAAACCUUGUACAGAUAUCCACAAUGUAGCAACGCAAUCUGACCCACACAUAACGGAUGAUCUAAAUAGUUCAAAUGGUGGUCUUGCUGGUGCCUUGGCUCAAAUGACAUUAGGUGAACCCAGAAGCGCUGAACAAAUUGCGUUAGAAGAACAUAUGCGAAAGCAGAGUUGGGAACAGGGUCAAAUUGACUAUAUGGGUCGUGAUAGCUUUGACAAUAUCUGGAAAAAAAUUUGCGAAACACUCGCCCUUGCACCCCCGCGAUUACCAUCUCCUCCUAAAGAAAUAGAAAAGCUUGAAAAAACUGCAACUGACAAGACUGAAGAACCUGUUAAAUCUGCUGAAUCUACUCAAUCUCUUGAAUCUAUAGAUGAAGUGGAUAAAGGAACUGCUCAGGCAACAACCAGUCAUACGGAAGAACAAUCUCUAGUUAACAACGUUCCUAUAACAAACGUACCUAAAUUAUCAGAGAAGAAUGAACAAGUUAUUAAUGCUACAUCUUCUACAAAAAGGGGUGAAGAUGAUAUUCUCCAAAAGUUUUCAACAAAAUCAGAAAGUGAAUUGCUUGAUAUAUUUGUGGAUUCUUCUCCUACAAACUUUUCAAUACAAACAUCUAAUAAAGAAGUUGCAGAACUUUAUUCAAGUUCACUAGUAAAAGAAGUCCCCCCUCAACAAACAGCAGUGCCUAUAGUAUCAUCUGACAUAGUUCAAUCUUGUUCAAUUGGAGAACAAAAAGUAAUUAGUUCAACAAAGGAAUUUGAGAGCAAUAUAAGGAAUAUAGAAGAUCUUGAAAUUACAAUUGAUAGCCAAGAAACAAAGCAACUGGACAUUAGAGACGAAAAACACGCGAAAGAAUUGUCAACUGCUUCUGAAAUUCUAACAGUUAGUCCCGUCCCGAUACAAGUUGCAGAAUCUGUGCUUCAAGUGGAACCAAAAGAGUCUAUGUCAGAUUCUCAAGUAAUGUCGCAAGAAGUUCUUUCUUCCACGAUAACACCCGUUCAUUUAACAGAAGCAGAAGAUAAAGUGCACAUAAACAGUUCAACACCUUCUAUGCAAAAUAAAGAAAUAUUAAGUUUAAACAAUACUUCAUCUGUAAAAAGUAUUGACACUGCCAAUAAAUUAAGUGAAUCAUCUACAAAAACAGGGGAUCUUUCACAAAUUUUAUUGCCUGUAGAACAAACUCAACCUCAGCUUGCAGAAUCACCCAUAUUACCUUUGAGUAUUUCACAAUAUUUAAGAACAUCAGGAGAAUGGGCAGAAAAACAAAUAACAGAAUCUGUACAGCAAAGUAAAGAAAGUGAAAGUUGCAUGAAAGAUACAGUGCAACCAAUUGGAACUUCAGUACAAUAUGAAGAAACUAAAACAUCAUCAUCAGGCCAAACACCAGUUAGGCCUUCAAGAACAAAAGAAUUAAGUACACCCUCAGCAAAUGUUCCAAAAACUGCACAACAGGAUACAAAAAGCCAAGAGAAAGCAACAAAGAAGAGUGUAAAAAAAUCUACAGAGAAGUUGGGAUCAGAAGGAGAACCUACAGAAACAACUGAUGGUGAUAGUACAGGGAAAAAAGUAACAAAAAAGGUAGUAAAAAAGGUCACAAAGAAACCAAAAACAAAGUCAGAAGAAGGACUGGAUGAUGGUGCAGAAGACAGUAGUUCUGCUACUAAACAAAAAAAGACUGUAAAAGUUGUUAAAAAAGGUACAAAACCUCCACAAACUCCUGGUACUGCUACAGCUAUUCCUGAAAACCCAUCAUCUAGUACUUCUGAUGCACCAAUUCCACCUAAGAGAAAAACAAAAACCACAACUGCAAAAACAGUAACUAAAAAAUCUGAUGUAGAGCAGUAAUUACAC